GACGUGUUUGUGGGACUGGAACACAUUAUAGCUCUUUAUUGCUCUUUCUCAUUCAAAGCAAGAUUCUUUCAUGGGGUAACAUCUCAUCUGCGCUUUAUGUUCAGUUUUCUGGAAAAAGUUGACCAUUUCUUUUCAGGUAAAUAAAGGGCAUGGCUACAGCACACGACAGAGCAGUUCUUCAGACAAUAUUCAACCCAACAACUCCGUUUGGUGACGUUCCUGGCUUAAACCAGGUGGAGGGGCUGCAAGAUGACGACAGUGGUUUUGACGCAAUGCUCCUGGAGAAGGUGAAGGGCCUGGAGCUUCAAGGGGUCUCAGCCGCAGAGUCUGGUGACCUAAGCGAAGCUCUUGAAUGCUUCGACGAGGCCAUUCGGGUGCUCCCUCAGAGGCCCUCGGCGUACAACAACCGAGCGCAAACGCGGCGGCUUCAGGGAGACACCGCAGGGGCACUUGACGACCUGGAGCGCACCAUCUCACUGAGCGAAGGCACCAGCCGGUCAGCGUGUCAGGCGCUGGUGCAAAGGGGGCUACUGCACCGCCUUGCCGGUCGGGACGAAGAGGCCCGCCUGGAUUUCGAGAAAGCCGCAACGCUGGGCAGUGACUUUGCCCGCCAGCAGGCUGUGCUUUUGAACCCGUAUGCCGCUCUCUGUAACCGCAUGCUGUCAGAGGUCAUUACCAAACUGCGAAACCCGGAGGCGCUCGAGGCCCAAAGUCCAUAGAGAGCCACGGUCUACGGCAACUGUCAACGCCAAAUCCUCGAAACGGACAAAUAAAAUACAUCUUAUUAAACUCUUG